AUGGAUUCCUCUGCGCUUUCUCAUCUCUCCGCUCCUCGAUUAUCCCCUAUCCAUUGCUUUAACUCGACUGAUUUCAAUGAACGAAGCCACUUCUUGCCUCGGAGGUCGGCGGCAGCAACCGCGGCCACCGCCGACUUCGCAAUUGAAGCGCAGAAUCUGAGCUUCUCGAUCGCGACGCGGCAAGGGAAUUCGGUCCCGAUACUUGAAGAUUGCUCCCUCCGAAUCCCUUCCGGCCAGCUGUGGAUGCUUCUCGGACCCAACGGCUGCGGCAAAUCUACUCUUCUCAAGGUUCUGGCUGGUCUGUUAAACCCUAAUGGUGGAACUUUCACUGUCAAGAGGCCGAAGAGCUUUGUGUUCCAGAAUCCGGAUCAUCAGGUUGUCAUGCCUACAGUAGAAGCAGAUGUAUCCUUUGGUCUUGGAAAGUUCGACUUCUCAAAUGAUGAAGUGAGGCGCAGGGUGGCGAAAGCUCUUGACGCAGUCGGCAUGGGUUCCUACAUGCAGAGACCUGUGCAAACUCUGAGUGGUGGUCAGAAGCAGAGGGUUGCAAUUGCUGGUGCUCUGGCUGAAGCAUGUAAAGUGCUCUUACUGGAUGAGCUGACAACGUUCUUAGAUGAGAAGGAUCAGAUUGGUGUGAUCAAAGCACUGAAGAACACAUUAGAUGUAUCAGACGACGUCACAGCUCUAUGGGUAACCCACCGACUUGAAGAGCUCGAAUUUGCAGAUGGGGCAUUAUAUAUGGAGAAAGGGAAAAUCGUCAAGCGAGGAGAUGCUUCAAGAAUAAUGAAUUUCAUCAAAGCCAAACAAUCCUCAUACUUCAGAGAAAUUAACCAGUAA